CUGACUGUGCCGUGGCCUCAAGUGCAGUGUUCUGAUGGCAGUGAGAGUCCUACCUGCCCUCUGUGCCCCUCUUUUUCUAGGAGCGAGAUAUUUAUUUGACUCCAUACAAUGCCAUACUUGCAAAACAAUCCUUAAAAUUGUGGAGGGUGUGACACUAAGACAUGCCCUGCUACGCUAAGAAGUGGAUGGACAGUUCCAAGUUGAAGUGAAUCCUUGACUGUGCUUCCAAUGGAAAAGCUGGAAGUCUGGAAGAAAGAACGUUCCUUGGUCUGUACUUAAUGCUGCAUUUCAGAGCGAGGUUCUAGCAAUAAUCUGGAGCAUGCAGAAUAUGGAGGAUGGUCACUCCCUUUUUGAUUACAGCGUUGGACUGAAUGAUAUUGUUCAGCUCUUGGUUAGACAAAGCCCAGCAGUGCUUCCUGCUGUGAGUAAGGAGAAGGAUUCAGAGCUCUCUGACACAGACUCUGGCUGUGGUUCAGGUCAAAGUGAAUCCGACAAAAGCUCUCACAAUGGAGAAAGUGUCAUGGACCUGGAGGGGCAGCCCAGCACGGCAGCACAGUCUGACUGGGCUGACCCAGGAUUUGGCCUCUAUAAGAUCAAUGACUUGGUUGAUGCUCGUGAUAUGAAUAUGGGAGCAUGGUUUGAAGCCCAGGUUGUAAAUGUAACCAGAAGAAAAGCUGCGAGUGAGAGUCGUGCAGUUGCUGAUCAGCAGACAACCAUUCCUGAAGAAGAUGUAAUAUAUCAUGUGAAAUAUGAAGAUUAUCCAGAGAAUGGAGUUGUGGAACUGAGUUCGAAUGAUGUACGGUCUCGUGCACGGACUAUCUUGAAAUGGCAUCAGCUAGAAGUAGGACAGGUGGUGAUGGUCAACUACAAUCCUGAUGAACCAACAGAGAGAGGUUUUUGGUAUGAUGCCGAGAUCCUGCAGAAAAGGGAAACAAAACUGAUCAGGGAGAUAAAUGCGAAGAUAUUACUUGGGGAGGCUGGUGAUUCUUUGAAUGACUGCAGAAUUAAAUUUGUGGAUGACAUUUAUAAAAUUGAAGAACCGGGCAGUGUUUGUCCAAUUAGUGCCAGACCAUUGAAACGACAAAGUGGACCUGUGUGUAAAGCUUGUAAGGACAACCCAAACAAAACCUGCAGGAUCUGUGCUUGCCAUAUCUGUGGGGGUAAACAAGAUCCUGAUAAACAGCUCAUGUGUGAUGAGUGUGAUAUGGCUUUCCACAUCUACUGCCUCAACCCUCCCCUUAGUAGUAUACCAGAUGACGAGGACUGGUAUUGCCCUGAAUGUCGAAAUGAUGCAAGUGAGGUGGUUCUGGCAGGAGAGAAAUUAAAAGAAAGUAAAAAGAAACAAAAGAUGGCAUCUGCUAAUUCAUCGUCGCGGAGAGACUGGGGCAAGGGCAUGGCAUGUGUUGGUCGCACAAAGGAAUGUACCAUUGUACCCUCUAACCACUAUGGACCAAUUCCUGGUAUUCCAGUUGGCACCAUGUGGAAGUUCAGAGUUCAGGUGAGCGAAUCUGGUGUUCACAGGCCGCAUGUGGCUGGGAUCCACGGCAGAAGUAAUGAUGGUGCUUAUUCCUUAGUUCUGGCAGGAGGCUAUGAAGAUGAUAUAGAUCACGGGAAUUCCUUCACAUAUACAGGGAGUGGAGGUCGUGAUCUUUCUGGAAACAAACGUACAGCAGAACAGUCUUGUGAUCAAAAACUCACCAAUAUGAACAGAGCUUUGGCUCUAAACUGCAGUGCUCCCAUCAAUGACAAAAAUGGAGCUGAAGCUAAGGACUGGAGAGCUGGAAAGCCAGUCCGAGUGGUGAGGAAUGUAAAAGGAGGCAAACACAGCAAAUAUGCUCCUGUAGAAGGGAACAGAUAUGAUGGCAUAUAUAAGGUUGUGAAAUACUGGCCUGAGACAGGGAAAUCUGGAUUUCUAGUGUGGCGUUACUUGCUUAGGAGAGAUGAUGAAGAACCUGCUCCUUGGACCAAAGAAGGAAAGGACAGGAUGAAGAAGCUUGGCCUAACAAUGCAGUAUCCUGAGGGGUAUUUGGAAGCCGUUGCAAACAAAGAUAAAGAAAAUAAUGGAGAUGAUGAGUUUGAUACUCCAGGGAAAGGAAAGAGGAAAAGAAAAUCAGCAGGAGCGGAGGAAAAGGUCCUUAACUCUCCUUCAGGGACUCCGAAGAAAUCAAAAGUUGAGCCAUACAAAUUGACGUCUCAGCAGAAAUCUCUUAUAAGAAAUGAUGAAGCCAAUGAAAAACUGUGGAAUGAAGUACUUGAUGCUCUUAAAGAUGGACCGAAAUUUCUAAAUAAAGUUGAAGAGGCUUUCUUGUGUAUUUGCUGCCAAGAGGUGGUGUUUCGGCCAGUCACAACUGUAUGCCAACAUAACGUGUGCAAGGAUUGUUUGGAUAGGUCCUUCAAAGCUGAUGUGUACAGUUGUCCAGCCUGCCGCUACGACCUUGGCAAAAAUUAUACCAUGCAAGUGAAUGAAACACUGCAGACCAUUCUAACUCAGCUCUUUCCUGGAUAUGGCAACGGGCGGUGAUUCCGUAAAGCACUUCUAAUUUUCUUUUAUUCAAACUUAUUAAUGGAUUUUACAUGGGCUUAAUUUAAGAAAACAAAAAAAAAGUAGUUGGUGUUCUCCCAGACCCUUAAAAAACAACAACAACAAAAAAAUACC